AGCUUUCAAGCUUUAAUUUUUAACAAAACCCCUCCAUCUCUCUUAAUUGUGUCUGAACAAACUUUGCGCAAACUAAGUAGAGGCAAUUGAGUGUAAGCCCUAGGUUCCGUAGACCUAAGGGCUCAACCUAUUUCCUCCUUCUCCCACCAUUUGGUUUGUUUCCGUUGAAUGACAUCGCGUACCCUUGCCGCCUUCGCCAUCAACGCCGACCUCUGACCUCCGACGUCCGACGAUUUUCGUAAAUAGAUUGUCACCACCCAACCAAACAUUCGCGCGCAAUCUGAAUAGACCCUCACGAUGAACCCAGCUCAGGGACAACCUGCCCAAGGGCAGACUGUCCGUCUUCUCAGACCCGAGCAGAUACGAGGCGUCAGCUAUCUGACGGCUGAAGAAAAGCAGAAGUAUGAGGAAGGCCUUCGACAGCUAUACAUCAAGAUGGAACAGAACCCGCCCGAAUCCUCAGAGCAUACCUUGGCGAAACACAGAAUCAUCGAAUUCUCGCGGACGGUCAUCAGCAAGAUAAAAACUCUCCAAGCAAGAAACCAGGCCGGUGGCCAGCCUCAACCGGGACAGCCAGGGCAACCUGGGCAAUCGAGUCAUAUGAACGCGCAACAAAACCCCCAGAACGAGCAAACCCAGAACCAGAGCAACUUGGCACAAGCGCAGGCUCAGAUUCAGGCUCAAGCUCAGGCUCAGAAUCAGGUGCAAGCGCAAGCUCAGAGGAUUGCUAAUAGGCCUCAAGUCCAAAUGCCUAAUAACCCUGGCGCGUCUUCAUCUACUCCCAACAAUCCCGUUCCUGCCGGAAAUCAAGUCCCGAAGCUCAUAGUGAAUCACACCAACCAAUUGCCCUGGAACUCGCUUAGACCGCCGGCUCAGCUGACGACGCCGGAGCAGAUGGCCAAAUGGCAGAGCGAGAUGAAGCAAAGGUACAUGCGUUUUUUGGUGCAGAUGGAGACCAUUAAAAAUAGAUCGCAAAAGCUUGAUGCCAUGAUCAAAGAGCGGCAAGAUAAGGGACAGCUAUCUGCCGAGGAUGUGAAGAAAUUCCAAGAACAGAAGCAGCAAGAACAGAAGAGUUAUUCGGAGGCACAAAGAUUUGUUGAAAAUGUACGUCAACAAAUGAAGGUGCAAGGACAACAAAAUGCACAGCAGGCACGAUCACAGCCAAUGCAACAACAAAAUGUCAGUGCUCCCACAACAAGUCAUCCUAUGCAAGCCGCAACUGCGUCGGUGAAUGCGGCGAUGGAUGCUGCUAAAAAUCAACAACUUGCGGCAGCCCGACCAUCGGUUACAGCUACCCAGCCGCAACAGCAACAACCAUCACAACAACCUCAGGUGCAGACCCAAGUUCAACCUCAAGUUCAACAACAGCAGCAACAACAACAGCAACACCCCGGGACACCUGUCACCCCGGCUACACCUGCGAUGUCUGCACAGCAACAGCAACAGCAACAUCAAUCUCAGCAAUCGCAUUCAGUUGCUACUCCUUCUCAGCCUCAAAUCAAGACUGAGCCGACUAACAACAUGUCGCGCCCACCCCCUGUCAACACGGCUAUUGCUGCAGCCGCUUCCUCUGCGAGCAUGCCUUCUGCGGGUACGCCAACUCAGGCAUCGGCACGCGUCCAGACUCCCCAAUCUGCAGGUCAACAAGUAACCCCGGUUCCUCAGCCCGUCCGCCCUCUGACACACGCAGCUGCGGUCAGUCGCGCAAACUCGUCAACCAACGUACCCGGACAGUCUAACAGCGGUUCUGGUACUGGCAUUUCCACUCCUAGCGCCAGUGGCCUUGUCAGCAACGCGAACCACGCCGGUCAUUCGCACGCCCAUCCUCAGCCUAGCCCGGCCCUUAACCCUAAGAUGCCAAUUAGCAAGAACUUGCCGCCCAAAGCAAUCGAGACUCCACAAGCGGUCAGCGUCGGUGGCGGGAACACUCCCGGUCGCCCUUCACUUAGCGGAGGAGGUGGUCUUGGAGGUGGUGUGAUGGGUCAGCCUGUGAUUAACAAGAUGCCGCCCGUCCAGUUUGAUGCCGAGGGUGAACACGUGCUAUCCAAGAAGAAGCUCGACGAACUUGUUCGCCAGGUCUGCGGUGGUGCCUCACCCGGUGCUGAUGGCAAUUACUUAACUCCGGAUGUUGAAGAGUCUGUUCUCAACGUUGCUGAUAACUUUGUCGAUCAAGUUAUCCACUCCGCUUGUCGCUUAGCUAAGGAACGUGGUAGUAAGGUACUCGAAACUCGAGAUUUACAACUUGUACUCGAGCGUGUCUACAACAUCCGCAUCCCUGGUCACACGUCAGAGGAGCUGCGAACUGUGCGCAAGGUACAACCUACCCCAAACUGGAUUUCCAAGGUGCAUGCCGUUCAAGCAGCCAAAGUCAUGCCCGGCAAGGACGACAAGUAGGACGAGUCCGAUCCUGCCAAGAAGCGCCUCAACGACUCGCUUUUUGCAAAGUUUGACGCACGACGUGCGGGUUUGCUUCCUAUCCCUUCCGUGCUGGGCGGACCCGGCAUGUCUACCACUAAGCCCAUGAACCGACCUCGAUCCGCCACCCAUCCGGCUCCGAAGCAGCGGAACCGUAAGAGGAUGAUUCCUGCUACUGAAGAGGCCCCUGCUGCCGAACCAGUUUCUACGACCGAAGAGGCUGAUGCUGCUGGAGAGGCUUCCGGCGAUGAAGGAAAUACCGCCUCAUUAUAAAAUACCCUUACCGGUCUACAACCUUGCGGCAGAUUAGGCAUGCAUGUUAUUUGCGAACGGAUGGAGUUUCGGAUGUUUGAUUUUAAGAUUUUUACAACACGGUUAUGUUCUGCCUAUGGUGAUCAGGAAAGAGCAAAAGGGAUUCCCGUUAUUCUGGCCUGGAGUUUCGUUGGUUUUACUUUCAUGGUCUGACACUCGACCCGAGGGAUACGAUACGAGGCGUUGAGCAGGUCAAGUUUUUACCUAUUCUUUUUCUUCAGAGAUUAAUGUACCCAGGUAGCCCCUAGCCACAGCCAUAUGCGGCUAAUAAGAUGCAUAUGAUGAUGUGGUCGUAUUAUUAAA